UGUGGUCUCAAUGAAUGACAGAUCACAUAAUCAAAUACACGCACCGUUGUACGUAAUUUAACUUGAAGAAAUCGGAAUAUAACAUUAACUAAGUGAAUGGCAGAUAUUUGAUUGUUUCCAUUGAUUCUAGUGUACAGGUUACAUAAAUUGUAGUUGUAUACAGUGCUGACGCAUUUAAGAGGCCUUUGUCUUUUAUGUUUUGUUCUGCACUACAUUAACGUUUAGCAAUUUCAUGUCUAAAUGUAUAACAGCCACUCAAUCGUUUUUAUCCAUUGGCUAAUAGCAUUUUAUGGCUAUGGAGUUAUAGCUCAGCCACCUGGAAAGGAGCAUUCGCCAGUUGUGGGAAAAGGCACAGAUACCCAAUGGGUUUCAAAUGCUAUUUCAGGUAUUUAUAUAACGGAUGUUAUAUUUCACUUCAAUAAUGAUAUCCAUCGCUAUGAAAUAAAAACAGAGAAGUGUUCAGAACACAUUGAACUAUACUUUGACGUACCUUUAUGGAAAGAAACAUUCCAACCGGAUAUAAACAGCAACGAUAUUCCCAAAAGUGUGAAUAAUGUAACUAGUAGAAUAAAAGGAAAAGGUAACGAAAAAACGAACUCUGUAAUGGAUCAAAUAAAUGAGGUCCUGAUAACUUCUCCCAAAAAUAGGGCUAACUCUGGAACUAUCAACUAUGUAAAUCCAGCCGAUCUAAUUAGGUUCAAUAGUGAUAAACCAUCUAACAGUCAGCCUUUUUCUACUGUUAAUGUUAUAAUUAAUGGGGAAAAUCUCGACCCAGAGGAUGGAGGAUACAUUUUGGUUCCCGUUCAUUGUGGGAACAAACAUGAAUUAAUGAUAGACAUUGAAUAUACUCAAGAGCUGAUAAUAAGCAAAGCAAGGUACAAUAUAGUAUUAGAUGUUCCAAUAUUUGGAAACAAUAACAUUCUCAAAGUCUUGAGUAUUUCUAAAUCUGGCAUAAUUUACACCUACCAACCUUCACUGUCUAGAUUCCACAACUUAUAUGUUGUUUCAGGAUACCACUCUCCAGGUGACAUAAUAAACAUAUACGUAGAAUGUAAAUAUGGAAUGCCAAUAUAUAAUGGAAAAGAGUUAAAUCAACUUUCCAUUAUAUUGGAUGAAUCUAUAUUACUGUCCCAUAUAGAAAUUGUCUGUGACGAUGUAGUGCAGAAUGACAUUAAAGUUGUCGACAAACAUCUAUACACUUUAAAAUUCCAAAAAGAACUGCAAGAAGAGAUAAAGCCGCCCACUAAUGUAAUGGUAGUCCAUGAUUCUUUGAAUUGUAAAAAAUACAAAGAAGGGGGUGACUGUGUUAUCAGUUGCCCAUUUGUGAAAAAACGGUUUGGACCUCUCAUCAUUGAUACGGAUCCCACGUAUCGAUACUUUAUACAUCGACUAAACAUCAUAGAAGGAUAUGUUAGCGAAUUACAUGGUCAUAAUGCGGGAUAUAUGAAAGUAUGUUCUGGCAUUGUAACUCCGAUAUUCGACCUACAACGGAACAUUUUGAUCUAUGGAAUCCACGGAGAAAAGAGUAAGACAUUUAUUUUAUCGGCAAACAGAAAUGAUAUCCCUGCCGUCACUUUCUACCAAACUAUUCUAGACAUUUUUAUAUUCUCGACGUAUAUAAUGGGAAUUGUGGUGACGACUUUGCCAUAUUUAUUGAGGACUUAUAAAGGUGUAAUUUUUGAUAAAAUGCCGAUGACUGUUGACUCCCUUGUUUAUUUAGCACAACUACUUUGUGUUUAUAAUAAAUAUUCACAUAGGAAGAUCAAUGAACAUCACAUGUUACCAAACAUAGGAAUGGAUGACAAAUUCCCUACAUUUAGAACGAUGCUAUUGUAUAUAUACGCUAUAACAGCUUCAAUCAUUUCUAGCUCAAUGCAAAGCCUAAAAAAACCAAAUAUAUAUAAAUCUAUUACCGAUAAAUUCAAGUUUAAUCGAUCUCCCCAUGGACUUUCUGAUGCACUUUUUUACCUUUUCAUAUUCUCUUGGAUUUUUGAUUCAUUAUCCACAAUAUCGGCAAUGUUGUUCGGCGGCUAUGAUCCUAUCAUCAGCAUCAUCUAUAUAACCCCAAGAGGUAGACUCGCAAUUAAAUUGUCAAAAUGGCUUUCUCAUUUACACUACAUAUAUUCGGUAUUAGGGAUUACUGUUGCCAUUGUUGCCCUACAGUAUGCAUUUAGAAGGAUUAUGUUAUCAUUGAAAAUAAAAUGGGCAGCGCUCCAGAAUAAAAAAUACAAAUGGAUAUUGAAUAUCGGAAAUUUUGAAAAUGCCAUAAGUGACUAUUCAUACUAUGAAGACGAUGAUGAUGACAGAUUAUAUACAGAAAUUAGCGGUAAACAUUCAAAGUUAACAGAAGGUUACUGGAUGGACGUGACUUGUGAUUUUUUGACCACCCAAUACAGUGAUACAUUCACGUCUCGAAAAUUUAAUCUAUUCAAUAGAAAGUAUGCUGUGAUUGCAGCGCAGGUAAAUGAAGUAGAUUUAUCGAAAGUCGAGGAAUCCUUAUAUGAAGAUAAAUGGGACUCCCAAAGUCAACUAAAUACAUCACUGAACGAAACCACACAACCUUUGGGGGAAAACAUUCCAGAAAGGGUUCGCAUAAUGCGGCGUAAAAACAGUGCGGCCAGCAAGCUCACCGCGAAAGGUAUUGAAACGACAUUUUCUAACCCGCCAACACCAGAAAUCAGAAAGAAGAACAUGAGGUGGUCCUAUGGUAUAUCUCAGGAUUAUACAGUAGACAUACAAAUAGAUUACAUCUUACAAAUAGAUAGUAGUUUCUAUCAUAAAACAAUAGGUACAGUUGACUCCAGAUACAUUAGAUACUUCAUAACCUGGAACUUUUUAAAACGUACGAGUAGAUUUAUUACAGCUAUUACAAUGAACAAGGUUUUAAAGUUGCGAAGUAUGCUGCAAGUAACAGUUAAACAGCUAUUGAACAGUGAUAGCAUAGAAGAUUGUGAUUCAACAAAAAAUGUAAAGAUUUACUUAUUUAGAGAAUCUGUCAAUACGUUUAAAGCAAUAUCAAGCAUAUUGACAGUUGUCACGUUCACAUUCAGUUCAAAGAGCGCAUUCUAUCUGGGCAUCCUGCAUAUAGUCAUCCAUAUGAUUUUAUCUUUAACAUUUCUGGGUUAGUC